AUGAAUAUGAAUAAUGGUAAUUCUGCAUUGACGAAUCAACAAGGAGGAUCAUGUUCAUUUGCACAAAAUUCAACAGCCACUCCAUUUAUCAACAACCCAAACCUUGGUAACAAUGGCAACACAAGCAUGACAAACUCAUCUUCCAAGGCCACUCAGCACACAUCUUUCCAUGAUUAUUCAUACCAUUUUCAAUCCAAAGCAGAAAAUCCUUCACCCAAAAUAUUUUUUCAUAAUAUCACAUUUCCUGUAAAUAGUAGCACCAACUACACUGUCACGAACAAUGGUCGGAACAAUAAUUUACAAGGUUCUUCACAAUUGAACUCUAUGAAUGUGAAUAAUAUUGGAAUGAGCUCAAAUUCAGUCACUGUCAGCACCACAGACAACUUGAAUAGCUUAAAUGCAGAUGCUUCUUCGCAAAUUACUCCUUCAAUUCCUCACCAAGUAUCCAUCCAGGAACAGAUAUUUAACUCUACCAAUGUUCAUGGAGCUGCAGCAUUGGACUCUUAA